GGAUUUGUUUACGCUUCAAACUUCAUUGCCAAUCGUCGAAUCGGCGUCUCAGUCAGAAAAGAAGACAAAUUUGCAGAGGCAAAUAGCGGCAUUUCAUUGCAUUAUCGUACAGUUUUGCUUCUCCAACUCUAUUCCAGCAUAAAAAUGGCCGAAGAGGAACAGAUGCCCAUCAUCCCUGUGAAGGAACCACUGGAUCUUAUUCGCCUCAGCUUGGAUGAGAAAAUCUACGUUAAAAUGCGCUACGAACGUGAACUGCGGGGUCGACUGCACGCUUUCGAUCAACAUCUCAACAUGGUGCUGGGCGAUGCCGAAGAAACUGUCACCACGGUGGAAAUCGACGAGGAAACGUACGAAGAAGUGUACAAAACUACGAAACGCACCAUUCCGAUGCUGUUUGUGCGCGGCGAUGGCGUCAUCCUGGUGUCGCCACCGAUGCGCGUGGGCAGCUAGACGCUUUGUAACCCCCCUCCCUGUGGUUAAGAACGUAAUAACAGACCCGAAACCGAA